CUCUAGCUUUCACUUCAGUAGCCAGUUGGUGGAGCGGAGGGGUAGACCCAUGUUCAGGAUUAGGCAGUGUUCAUAGAGCGUGUGUUCGCAUUGAGCAGCAGCAGCAACAGUUUCCCUUCAACACAAACUUACCUCCGCAGCAAGUUUAAUGGCUAAAUAUAAGCCAUGGCUGGUGUGCUGCUUCAUCUUGGCUGGUUUAAUUUGCGCGGUUGCUCUCGUCUGCCUGUGCAUCGUCUCACUGGUGGGCAGAGAGUGCCCCAGCGGCAGCUUCAUGCAUGCGGCUGUGUCUGCAGACUCGCUACAAUGCUCCGAGAUUGGCAAGAGCAUGCUACAGCAGGGGGGGUCAGCAGUAGAUGGCGCCAUUGCAGCUCUUCUGUGCACAUCCGUGGUCAAUCCUCAGAGCAUGGGGAUUGGAGGAGGAUCUAUAUUCACCAUAAGAAAUAAAAAAGGCAAUGUUAAAGUCUACAACUUCAGAGAGACCGUCCCACAGUCUUUUAAAACUAACCUGCUAAAUGACUGCCCCACCACAUUCGAACUGAUCACAGGCAGCCAGUGGAUUGGCGUUCCUGGAGAGCUGCGGGGCUAUGAGGCAGUUCACAAACAGUAUGGGAAGCUGCCUUGGGCAAAGCUGUUUGAGCCAACAAUUAAAAUGGCCAGUGAGGGCAUCCCUCUGCCGGCAUUUCUGGGAAAGGUUCUGAACAUCUCCAUUGUGAAAAAUCACGUGGAAAAGUCAUCCAUCUGUGAAGUUUUCUGCAACAAAAACAAAACCGUUCUGAGGACAGGAGACAUCCUGAAGUUUCCUAAACUUGCAGAAACCAUGAAAACAAUUGCAGAGCAAGGGGCAGAUGCCUUCUACACUGGCAAGAUAGGACAUGACUUAAUCCAAGACAUAGAAGCUGCAGGUGGGACUUUGAAAACGGAGGAUCUGAAGUCGUUUAAGGUGCGGGUGGAGGAUCCAUGGACCGUUCCUGUGGGAAAUACUCAGAUGCACAUCCCUCCACCACCUGCCGGGGGGGCCCUGCUCGCCUUCAUUCUCAGGCUGAUGAAAGGGUUCCCCUUGACUCCAAACUCCUUGGAUGGUGGCCAGACGAUUCAGAUGUACCAUCAUUAUAUAGAGGCAGCUAAAUUUGCAAACGGACAAAGGAGGAGCAUUAGUGAUCCUGUCUUUAAUAACAAAAAGAGUGCAGAUCAUUUAAUUGAUCCCUCCUUCAUUAAUCGCAUCAGGGACAUGAUCUUUUCAAACCGUACCCAUGACAACUCCUAUUACUACAAUGCCAAGCCCUCACGUGAUCACGUUGGGACGACACAUGUGUCUGUCCUGGAUGAAGAUGGACUGGCUGUUGCUGCCACAAGCACCAUAAACCACUUAUUUGGAGGAGGCAUAUACUCCAAACAAACAGGCAUCAUCCUCAACAAUGAGCUGUCUGACUUUUGUGGGAGAGCAGACGUAGUGAGGGCAGGUGAACAGCCUCCUUCCUCAAUGACUCCAGCAAUACUGGAGUCAAAGUCUGGAGGACUCCUUGUGAUUGGUGGAUCAGGAGGAAGCAUUAUUACCUCGGCAGUGGCCUUGUCUAUAAUGAAUCGCUUGUGGCUGGGGAUGAAUCUGAAAGAUGCCAUUGCGGAGCCCAUAGUGUUUGUUAAUUCCAAUAACAGUGUGGAUUUUGAGACUGGUUUUAACAAGUCUUUGAUAGAUGGCCUCAGAGCUCUUGGACACAAAUCUGGGAACUGGCAGUACUUCAUGAAUGUAGUCAAUGCUGUGGAAAAGGAGAAUGGAUGCAUUGUGGCCGUAUCGGACAGCAGGAAGAUGGGGAUGUCAGCUGGAUACUAACCACACAGACCAUGAGGGUGCACCAACUUCCCACUCAAAUCUUCCCUAAAGACUGACUGAACCUGUAGCCUUAAGAACAAUGAAUGUGCCAACAACUAAUUGUGAGCAAUUUGGUGCUCAGGCUCUUACCUAAUGUUAGCAGAUCAAGAAACUACAAAACUUAUAGGAUAAUUCCAGUUUACUAUAACUCUUAUCUUAUUUUCGUAUGUAUGUAUCUGUUAGACAACAUUGUACUCACCAUAAAAAUUGCGGAGUUCUUGGAAAUUGGCAAAAUGGCUCAAAAGAAGUCAGAUGGGAGUAACCAUGGGGACUGUUUAAAAACUAUUCUAUUGUCUGACUUCUCAGGUUUCUUGUCCUGUCAGUCUUCUUUUUGGCGAUGUUGCCAUGUUCCCAGAUCUCAGCAAUUAACUUGGUGAUUCUGACCAACAGAAAUGAUGGAAAAUAACUACGAAAAGACUGUUCUUUCUUUCAGACUGUUCGAUAUAUAUGCAUUUUUAAUCCAGCCAGCCACACACACAAACACACACACACACACACACACACACAGAUGUCAUUCCACUUGUUGUAGACUAACACACAGUGAGCACACCAUGAUGCUGCUACUCUUACAGUACUGCUGAGAUCUGCCUAAUGUGCUGUAGGAUUACACACUCCUGACCAAAGUGGAUAUUCGCAGCAGCAAGCCAUAAAGGCAAAUCUACUGUAGUCCAACAAAACAAAACCAAGCCCUGUGCCAUACUAAGUUUAUUAAUAUCAAUGAAUGUUUUAUUUUCUGACUGAACUUUGUAAUUCUGUGUAGGACUGUUAAUUGUAGAUAAGCCAUGUAACACUUUUAAAGUGACAUCCUGACUGACAUAUGAGUUUAAGUUGAGUCAGCUGCCCAAACAGGGAACUUUUACUGUGACUUUAAAGAUUUUACUGUAUGUGAAACAACUGUAUUCAUGUCCCUGAGCAUAUUGUGAGUUUUUUUUGAAGAUUACGUAAAUGCUGUAGAAUUUCAUUUAAAAAAGUCAUAUAAAAAAACCUUUAUUCACAAUGAAUAAAAUUAAGUGUGUUUUCAUACCACCAGCAUGUCAUUUUGUAAAAUAGUUACACAUUUUUACAACUAUUAACUGUGAAUAUCUGUGUUGUCACAAUAAAACAUCCAAAGUCCAAACCAA